CCACCACCUGCCCGCCGCCGCCCACGCCGUGCCAGCCAUGUCUUCCUCGUCCGGAUCGAUGCCCCCGCCCGCGUCUUCGUCCACGUCCGACGCAGCGGCACCCGCGGCCCAGCAGCAGAGCCCCGUGAAGGAGAUCCCGGUGUUCGAGUUCACGAAGCGCAAGCGGUGGGCGGACCUGCUCGUCACCGAGGUCAACGACACCAUCAUCCUCGUCCUCUCUGACGCGUGCCAGGUCUGGUACUGCGGGAACGCGGUCUCGGAGCUGCUUGGCUGGCGCGACGACGAGCUCGUUGACGGGGACUUUAUCGACCUCAUGAACGUGGACGACCGGGCAGGCUUCCGCGCCGCGUUCGCGGAGAGCCUGCGCACGCGGACGGAGCUGCUCGCGUACGCGCGCCUGCAGUGCAAGAACGAGUUCUACGUCGCCGCGGACUACACGUCCGCACCGCGCGAGGUGCUCUUCGAGCUCCGCGGCCGCCCGCACUUCCUGCCCGACUCGGACGCGUUCCAGUGCUUCUUCGCCAUGGCGCAGCCGUACCCCAGUCGGAACACCGCUAUGCUCAACACGUUCCUCGAGCUGAAGAUGGAGAAUGAGCGGCUGCAGCAGCGCGUGGCGCAGCUCCGGGCGCAACAUCAGGCGCUCGACGGCCAGGGCGACGGCUUCUUCUCGACGUCGGAGAGCUUCGGGUCUGCGGAUGGCCCGCGCACGGGCUUUGACAUGGGCGCGGGGGGUCUGGGGCCCGACGCGGAGGACGACGGGCCCAGGAAGAAGGCGAAGAGGCUAGCCGCGGAGCAGCACGUCUGCGUUACGUGUGGGCGGACGGACUCGCCAGAGUGGCGAAAGGGACCGAUGGGCCCGAAGACGUUGUGCAACGCGUGCGGGCUGAGGUGGGCGAAGAAGGCGCGGCGGACGGGCGAGGGCGAGAGCGAGGGGCCUGCCGAUGCGGGUCAGGCGGGCGGUUCGAGCAUCAUCUUCUGAGCUUCCAUGUUAUGGUUCUUGACGAACAGCUUGUACGAUACAGCGUGAGUAGUGUACACGCGCCUUCUGCAGCAGUUCUCCUACACCGCGGGCGCCUCCGCAUGCUGGCGUCCUGGUACGCCCAUCUGGAGAGACGCCAGCACUGCUUCUCCCUGUCCUCGAUCGAUCAUGCCGUUAUUGGGACUCGGAGGCGCAGUGCCUCCCAGCCCGUCCUCUCCAUUCUCCUCUACGUCGAGCCUGACUCUCAGAUCAAAUGCAAACGGACGCGCUUGACAUCGCGGACACGUCCCCGCAGGACUGGAAGUACAUCUCCGAGGGUGGCUCGACGAUCGUCUUCUCGUACGUCGGCCCGCCAAACACCCUCUUCGACAGGACCGCGCUCCGCCUGCGCAAGGGUCCCGUAGUCGCGCACUCGGACCCGGACAAGCACCAGGAACCCCAGCUUGCCGAGCCAUCAACUCUAGAGGACAGACAGACGAGCAAGAAUGCGCCCGCAGACCCGGACGAGCCGGACGACCCCACGAUAGUCUUCCAGCGGACAGUGAUCGAGCAGCUCAUGCCCAUCGAGCACCUCCCGCGCCUCCAGUCUGUGCAUGUCGCGCGGGCGUGGCUCGAGGAGCUCGCGGAGCGCACAGAGCCCCUCCGCCCGCCCCAGCGGCGCGCGAAGGACACGAUCGACCGCGGCAGGCGCAAGGCCGUCCUCGCGACGGAUCUCGUCGGCGGAGCAGGGUGUGCGGUCGAGAUCAAGCCGAAAUGGGGCUUCCUCCCGAAGCCGACAUACCUCUCUGAGGAGACGCGUGCGAUCAAGACGCGCACCUGCCGCUUCUGUAUGCACGCGCAUAUGAAGAGCACGCAGGGCGAGGACGUCGCGCUCGGGUACUGCCCGCUUGACCUGUACUCGGGCGACGCGACUCGCGUUGAGAAAGCGCUGCGUGCGCUCUGGGACGUGUGGAUCGGGACCGGGGGCAAGGUGAACAACCUCAAGGUGUUCGUGGAGGGCAAGAUCAUCAAGCCAAGGGCGGACCUCACAUCCCUGGCCCCGCUGACCGCCCAACUCUUCCCUACCUCAGCCAACCCAGACCCCGCAUACCCCCUCGACGCCCUCCGCUCCGCCUUCAUCAACACCCUCCUCCCGCUCCUCCUACACACCCCCGUCCUCCACACACUCUCCACCCUCCAGCGCACGCUCGACGCGCUCGACAUCGAGGGGCUCGCCGCGCUCUGGGCGCGCAUGUACCCCACCAUCCCCCUCGGCACCGGGCCCGCCGCGCACGACCCCGACAUGGCCGAGUGGGCGCGCUUCGUCUCCGCGCGCGCGGCGCGAGGAAACCAAAGCAGCGAUGUGGUGCCGGAGACGCAGGAGGAGCUGCACUACCGCGUGGCGGCGUACCUCCUCGGGGCGUCCUUCAAGGACUGCUCGAUCAUCCUGCGCAUGCCGCCGCGGGCAGCAGCAGACGCGGGUGUAGGGGAGAAAGGGACGGUCACGGUGAUCGACCUGGACGUGAAGGGCGUCGACCGGCUCCCGAAGUGGGCUGCGCUGGACCGCGAGAUCGUGGAUGCCUACCGCGGGGUCGUGCCACGCGAGUGUGUGGACGCGCACUACGGGGGCGGUGGUGGUGCGGUGCCGCUGGCGUAGGUGGCAGAACUCAAUACUCAGCGAGCGGGCGGGCUCUGCGCCGCGGUGUUUUACUUGGGAUCCGAUCCGUGUAACGUUAGUGUGCCGUACGACAGGUCAAUUUAAGUUGCGUCUUGUACUUCUCC